CAUCUCACACUGCCCACAGAAGGUGCACAAAGACGGGAUGGGCAUCAGGGGUAUUUAUGGAGCUUUGGGAGAACCUCCUCAAAUCCUCCGCAAAGUUAGGAGGGAAAUGGGGGGCCCCACAAACAACCCCUGCCAUGGCCUGGGAGAUUCAUGCCCCUCUCCAGCCAAAGGCGGCUUUUCUGGGUCUACCCCUAGCUCCAGCCCCCCAAGGCUCAUUGGGGAAUCCUGAAGCCCCCUCCUCUGUGAGCCCAAACCCUCGAACCAUCCCUUAGGCAGGUCCUUCAGCCCUGAGGAUCUAAAACCUCCCCACAUUCAGAGCUAGGUGCAAAUUCACCUCUUCAGCCAAAUUUCCUGCAUUAGCCCCAAGCCAACACCGUCACCGCAUGCUGAGCUAUGUCCGGUGGGGAUCAUGAAACCGCUCGAGCCUGCUGGGAAGGCAGAGAGGAAGCAAAGCAGUUUCCCUUCCUCUUGGGAGAUGCUCAGAUACCGGGGUGAUGGGCCCCAGUGGUCCGGCAGAGCAGAGGCAGGCACGAUGGAGCUGAGCCGGAUUCUGGGGGACUCCGUCACCUUCCUCCUGGAGAUCCCAGCAGAGCAAGUUAGAACUGUAGCCUGGACAGUAAACGCAACGAGGAGUAUAGUAACUGUAACAGCAGGAACCCCCCCCAAUGUCAUUGUGUUAGACUCAUCCUACGAGGGACGCCUGAGAGUCCCCGAGAACAACUCGCUUCAGAUCACCAGCCUGAGGAUGAAGGACACGGGCACCUACGGAGCUCAAAUCACCACAGCUUCAGGCAUCAGCAACAGACACUUCCUGCUGCGCAUGUACAAGCAAGUACCAGAGCCAACUAUCGUCUGUGACUCAGUGACCUGUGUGAAAGAAACCUGUAACUACAACCUGCACUGCACCGUCAGGGAUGGAGGGGACAACGUGACCUACAGCUGGACUCACACAGCAGGAGGCGCUGUUGUACCCAAUGGGUCCAUUCUGCACAUCUCUCUCAGCCCCCGUGAUGCUCACCUGAAUGCCACCUGCACAGCCCAGAACCCCGUCAGUAACAGCUCCACAACCGCCUCUGCAAAGGGCCUUUGUGCAGCCCCGGCCUCCUCGCUGUCCUACUGCCACCUCAAGGGGAUUGUCCUGCUGCUGGUGCUGGGAGCCCUGAGCGCCGGGAUCAUCGCGGUGCACGUCCUCCCCGGCAGGGAGCAGAGACGAGACUGAGAGCAGAGGAGCUGCCACUGCGACUGCCAAUCCCGCCUGGGCGUUCCCCAGCCCGCCAGCCCAAGGAUGCUCCAGGGGGACGCUCGCUCGCAGCUUCCAACGGGUGAAUGUCACUGAGUGGAAGGAGGGGAAGUAUUGGGUCCCUCUGUGUGGCGGGAGAUGUGGUGGAGAAUCGGCCCUGCUCAAUGGCACCUUCUGGCAGCCGCUGGCAGCACGACAGGUGCGCCUGCCUCAGUUUCCUCCCAUCAACCUUCUGAAAAGACCUUCGUGUCUAAACGUACGCCUACAUGGGGCUCAUUUAUUGUCCCAGUGUGUAAACCUUUCCCAGGGACUCCCUACCGUGCCUGCUCCCAUCCCGGGCUCUCUCCCCCUCCAUGGCACCCAGCCCUCUAGGGACAGGAGCUCACUUCCAGCUGCACCUGGUUAAUGCCCAAGGCAGGCCGGCCCCAGCCUCUGGCCAUUGAAGGGGCCAAACUCCCUAUCAUGGAGGCACUUUUCUUCCCACUGUGUUCUGGGGCCGAUGACUGCACAGGGCAGGGCGAUGGAGAGCCAGGACCAAGGAGUUUGUCCCGGGAGAAACUUAGCUGCCUCGUGAACCCAGAACUGGCCCUGAAAACAGGGGACUCCAGCCUGGUGUAGACCCAGCUGCUGCACCAGUGUCACUGCAGGUCAGUGGGGUGAUUUUCUAUGGGUACAAUGAAAGCGCUGCCUCCCUUACUGGGGGUGCCCUUGUCUCAGUGGAAAGGGGCAUCUCUGGGUGCAGCCCCUGCACCUCUUUAACUGUCUCGGUUUCUAAACCAAGCCUGUGUGGAGACAAGCCCUUAGGAAUUACACCCGGCCAAUCUAGUCCAGCGUCCCUGCUCCAGCCCUGCCCUGCCUCGGCUACUUCAGAGGAAGGAGAAACAUCCCCCUCCUGGGAAAUUCUGGAAUAACCUGCCCAUAUGAGAAGAAUUUUUCUCACCCACACAGAGAGAAGUUGGUUUAUACCAUGGUGCCAAACAGCUAAUGUCCCUUCCACAUUCUCUCUCUCCUCCCCAGCAGAACCGUGAAUGUCCUUGUUAUUCAGACAGGUCGAGGGUGUGUUGUGUUUUAAUCCUACACCACUUGACAGAGCAACAGUAUCCAGUGGCAAUGAGUUCCGUGGGAUAACUUUCCAUCAUGUAAAUAAAGUCUCUGCCUCUGCA